GGCACAAUGAUGAAUUUUACGGAGGAUGCUCCUGUAAAGAAAGGCUCUGUUCUCUUAACAAGGAUGGAAAGUAUAACGGCAUACAAAAACCAACGUGGACAACCCAGAUCUGGAACUCCAGAACAAUCCAACACUCCAGUGUCUGCUAAUGACAUGUGUUCCCUUGCUGAAUGGCCAUCCCAUGCUCGCCGCAACCAAGCUGGUGGACAGAAGAAGAAAGGGCGAGGUGUUCUAAAAGGUUUUAAAGCAUCUAAGAAGCGUUUUGCCAAUGGAUCUGCAAAGCUAAAUAUUACAUUCUCUGAAAAAUUGGGUGGUACAGUAGGAAUGAACUAUCGUUCGUUCAAGGAUGACGUGGUAGUCGUAAUGAAAAGAAAGUUACCACUCAUUGGAGUGAGGACGUGGUCGGACAUUCACCCUACCAUUCAUCGACUCAUUAUUGCAGACAUGAUAGACAGAUGGGACUUGGAAGAUACACCAGAAACAGAAGAAAAAGUUCUCAAAAUUGCGAAAGAGCGAUAUAGAGGCUGGCGAUCAACUCUAAGCUCCACUUACAAGGCAUACAAAACAGAUGCAGCUAGAUUGGCUAAUCUGCCGGAAGAUUUGCAACCAGAAGAGUGGGAAUGGAUGAUUGAGUACUUUGGCACUGAUUCAAAAUUUCAGGAUCGCAGCCAAGAGAACGCCGAUAACCGUAAGAAACAGAAGACAAAACACAUAAUCGGAUCAAAAUCUUACUCGCAAGUUAGUUUUGAGAAGAGAAACUUGGAAACUGGAGAAGAGCCAGAUUGUAUUGCUCUGUGGGAACUCACCCACACGAACGAUGGAACAUGGUCUAACACAGAUUCCCAGAAAGUUUACGACAAAGCACUUCAAGAGGUUAAAAUCAAAGAAACUGAAACUGAAGGUCCACUUUCAAGUGAGCAGAAAAACAAUAUUUUCCAGACCGCUUACAAAGACACUCUGGAAUGCAAGUCAUCGCAGCCUCGUGGGUACGGAUACAUGGCCAAAACUUCAACUGGUUCUGAAAGGUUUCGUAUCCAGAUCGAAGAGCAAGCUCGUGCUACAGCAGCCACCCAGGAGCGAAACUCUCAGCUCAGCCAGCAGGUCAACGAAUUAGAAGAUCAACUACAAGCUGAACGUGCAAACACACAAGAGAGGAUUAACUUGGAGCGUGCUGAGAGAGAACAACUUGAGGAGAGGUUAAAAGAAGAGUGUGCUGAAAGGGAAAGAUUGUUGCAAGAGGAGCGAACAUCAAGACUGGAAUUUGAAAGAAACAUGAUGGCAAAGUUUGUAGAAUUGAGCCAACAGAUGGGAACCCAACAGGUGCCUACGAAGAGGGUUGACAAAGAAAACAGUAAUCCAAACUUGCAAAAUAUUCUUUUACAGAGAUCUAGUCCUAAUAAGACUCCAGGUUCAAGGCCAACUGCUAUUUCUUCAAAUGCGCUCAUACAAGCUGCAGCAAGGCAUUCUCGAAUGUUUAAAGCAAUGGAUCCAAAGAACUAGCUGGAUUGGACUCUAGAUCAUGGGCAGUUUAGUCUUCGAAGUUAAUUAGGAUGGCUAAAUUACAUUUGAGUUUCAUUUGAUGGAUAUUUGCUAUGAGAAUUAUGAAUUUUAUGAAUCUGCAUAUUAUACGUAUGGUUUUGAAUAUUGUAAUCGAAAGCCUGUAUUUUUUUUACGGUUGCAAUAGACUAUUACCACAACCCACUUUCGGUUGCCACAUGCUAGCACCACUAAAGAUAUAGUGUUGCGUUAUAUCUCAUUCGCUACGCCUAUCUGUUUUGUUGCAACGGAGCACUUU